AUGGACCCUGGGGAAUGCACAUGUAUGUCUGGAGGGAUCUGCAUCUGUGGGGACAAUUGCAAAUGCACAACCUGCAAGUGUAAAACCUGCCGCAAAAGCUGCUGUCCUUGCUGCCCACCAGGCUGUGCCAAGUGUGCCCGGGGCUGCAUCUGCAAAGGGGGCUCAGACAAGUGCAGCUGCUGCCCCUGA